UAUUAUUGUUUCCUUCUUAUAAAAGAGAUAUAAACACACCAAACAUUUUCAGAUUUAAGCUUUUCUUCUUACUUCUUAGAGGGGGCAAUAUAAUUGAUUCUUGUUUUUGUAAGCCAACCAUCAUGAUCAGUUUCCAAAAAGAAUGGAUGCUUACACUUGUAUCGUCGUGAUCUUCUGCAUCGCCUUGUUUGCUAUCAAUCUAGUGUUUGCUUGUUUCACUUGCUUCUCCAUUCUUCAUAGCUGCGUGACAGAGGCAAACAAGGAUUUGAGUGACCUAAAGAAGUAUCUUAUUGAACGGGAAGAAGGUAAACCAGAUGAUGAGAAGGUAAUAAUCAUUGCAGUCCCGAGUAACAAAGGAUUCUCUGACUCCGUAGAUGGUGAUGAUUGUGGUGGCCAAGAUUGCUCCCAGGGUAUUUGUACUUGUUGAAGAAAGUUUGGUUUCUAUUUUUAUUACACAAUAUUUCAAUAAAUGUUUUGCAAUUUUUCUUUGAUCAUUCAUAUUUGUGAAUGGUUCAAUACCAAGGUUGAGAGACUCGAGAGUAGGAGCAUCACAUCCAUAGAAAAAUCCAGAAUAUUUUUCAUUCUUUCUUUGUGUAUGAGUGUAUCAUGAGAGAAAUAGUUUCAAACUAUGUAUGUAUUAUAGAUUUAUAGUCCAUAUAUACGUAUAAUUCACCAUGUUUAGAUACAGGCUCUGUAAUGAAAUUUGUUUUCUUGGUGUUGUAAUGAAAUUUGUUUGGAA